GGUUGUACAUUGAACACUUUUGCCAUUUUUCAUUCUGCUAUGAAUAAGAAAGACUACAUUUUAUUUCGUUUUCUCUCUCUUUAGAAAGUUCUCAUGAACUAGGGUUUUCUCAAAGUCGAUUUCUAUCUCUUCCACUUCUAUAUAAGUUUACAUGGUAUCAGAGCAAUAGAUCCUGAUAGAUCUGGUUGUUAUCUUUCGACCAGUAUUAACCUCAAAGUUUUGCGAUUUGAUUAGGGUUUCAAAAUUGGUUUUUCUUCGAUUUUUUUGGUCGAUUUUCGAGUUCGAAGGAAAUUUGAGCUGAUUUUCUGGUAGAUCUUUUGAUUCUCGUUGGUGGAAGUUGUAUAUUUGAUGUUCGAAGUUGAAUUUCUGGUAGAUUUGUUGUUCUCGUUGAUGCGUUGAUUAACCUCCAAGUUUUUCUGGUGAAUUUGUUGUUCAAAGUUUGUCAAUUGACGGUUUUUUUUUUUUUUUUUUGGUUUUCGAAGUUCUUCUGGUGAGUUUCUGUGUUUGUUGACAUUGAAAUUGGUCGAACAAGGCUUUUACUUCUUUAAGUUAUGAAAGAAGGCUGGUAAUAUCUCUCUUCUCGAACUAAUCCUAGGGUUUCAAUAUUGUUACUUGUUGCAAUGAAUUCUGCUGCUGCAAACACUUCGUAAAGCUCUACACAAAUAUCUCACACUCACCCACUUUACCUCCAUCUGUCUGACUACCCUGGAAUGGUCCUUGUUACUACACCUUUCAAUGGGACCGGUUAUGGUAGUUGGCGGAGAGGAAUGCUUAUUUCUCUCUCUGUAAAACGAAAAUUAGGGUUCAUAAAUGGAAAAGUAGACAAACCUACUAAUACUGACCCUCUAUAUGAUAAAUGGGUAAUGUGCAAUGAUAUGGUUAUCGCGUGGAUUCCUAAUAGUCUCGAUAAAGAGAUUGUAGACACUGUAAUGCAUACAUAAACUGCAGAAGAUACAUGGAAGGAAGUUGAGAAACGGUAUGGUUAAGCUAGUGGGGCUAAAGUGUUCCAAAUUAGGAAGGACAUCUCGUCCAUUUCUCAGGGUUCUUCCUCUAUAGCCUCAUAUUUCAAUAGAAUUAAGAAAUUGUGGGAUGAGUUAACUAUAUCUGUUGUUUAUCCACCUUGUAUAUGUGACUGUAAAGAUGAAUGGGUAAAAUUGGAAGGGGAUCAAAGGUUGCAUCAGUUUUUAGCUGGACUAAAUGACUCUUAUGCUGGAAUUAGAAGGAAUAUCCUAAUGAUCAAACCCCUUCCUGAUUUAGAUAGUGUGUAUUCUAUGUUGAUUCAUGAUGAGCAACAAUCUGAACUUCAAGCUGCUCUUCCUCCCUUUGCCUCUGAAUCCACUUCCUUCUUUACUACUGGGGGAACUAAGCCUUUUUCUCAUAAGGUUAACUUUGAACCUAGGAAAUUUAACAAUGAACCUAGAAAUUUUAACAGUAACAACAACUAUCCUCAAGCUGAUCCUAGAAAGUUUAACAAUUACCCUUCACCUCAAGGUCUUUUUUGUAAGUAUUGUAAGAGACCUGGACAUGUCAUUGAAAAGUGUCACAGGCUACAUGGUUAUCCUCCCAAUUUCCAAUUUUCCAAAGGGAAGAAGACUGUUGCUUGUGUUCAAGGUAUGGAAAUGUCCUUUCCUCAGGGUGAUUCUUCUGGUUCAGUCCCUAAUGCUACUUCUCCUCAGUCCUAUGGUCUGGAUUCUAGUUUACAUUGUUUUAGGUAGGAACAGCAUGACCACAUAUUACACCUGUUGCAUCAAACUAAGUUGCAAGAUGCUGGUUUAUGUGCUUCUGCCAACUUUGCAGGGCCAUUCUCUGAAGAGGCUACUGGAAGUUGGUAAACUUUCCAAUGGACUCUAUGUGCUUCAGGUGAAUGGUUCUCCUUUAUCACCCAAGUCCAAGGUUUCUUCACUUCCACCAACAUCAGUUGCCCCUGCUGUUUCUACAUGCUCUACUCAAAGCUCUUUACUUGUUGAUGCUAUUAUUUCCACUAUAUCUGCCCCUACUGUUUCUAGUGACUGUGAAUAUGCCUCCAUCUACUAGUUCUCCUAUUAGUUCUGCAUUUCCAAACUGUAAUGACUAUGUUUCAAGUUUUCAUUCUUCUGUUGAUUCUUCCAACUCCACUGUAUCCAGUGUUAAUACCAAUCUUAAUAAAAUGUGUGAUAGUCCUACUAAUGUGUCUGGUUUUCCUACUUCUGGUACUGCCAAUACUACUUCUUUACAUCCUAAUUUAGAUUCAUGCAAACCCAAUGACGAUGCUCUUAGUCCUGAUUUAAUCUGGCACCAAAGGCUUGGGCAUAUGCCCUUUUCUAAAAUGAGUCCCAAUCUGAUGUCAAAUCCCUCCUACCCACUAAGCAAACCUUUCAUUGUUCCAUUUGCUCAAUGGCUAGACAACAGAGACUACCAUUCCCUGAGAGUACCAUUCACUCCACCAAGCCUUUUCAGUUGGUUCACCUUGAUCUAUGGGGGCCCUACCAUACACAAACCUACAAUGGACACAAGUAUUUUUUUGAAAAUUGUUGAUGAUUAUUAUAGAUGUACUUGGACUCAUCUCCUAUCCACCAAAUCUAAUGCCUUUACCUUAAUCAAGGCUUUCUUCUUCUACAUUAAGAAUCAGUUUCAUGUGUCUAUACAAGUUGUACGGUCUAAUAAUGCAUUUGAGUUGGUUCUAGUGCUAAAGCUAUUAAAUUUUUCUCCUAUCAUGGAAUUUUCCAUCAAACUUCCUACCCUCACACUCCCCAACAGAAUGGGGUAGUGGAGAGGAAACACAAACAUUUACUUGAGACCUCUAGAGCACUUUUGUUUCAAUCUAAACUCCCAGUCAAAUAUUGGGGUGAAUGUGUUUUGCAUGCUACUUUCCUGAUAAACAGAUUUCCUUCACCCUUAUUACACCAUAAAACACCUUUUGAAUUACUCCAUGGGUCUGUUCCUUCCUACAAACACCUUAAAACAUUUGGCUGUUUAUGUUAUGCCUCUGUUCCUUUGCCUCAAAGAGACAAAUUCAAACCCAGAUCCUAUCCAUCUAUUUUCCUUGGUUAUUGCAUUGGUAAGAAAGGAUAUAUGUAAACACCUAAUUUUUUAUCGAACAUAAGUUUUUACACCCUGUUUAGCUUUUAAAUAUUUCUUUUAAGUCUAGAUUAGAUAUUUUGAUUUUUAUGUCAAUUUUAGUUAGUUUUAUUUUAAAAAUUGAAAACUUUAAAAAUAGUCACAUUUCAGAAUAAAUCUUGUUUUCAUUUUUAUCUUUAAGAGAAAAGAAAUUUGCAAAAAAAAAAAUGUUUUCUUCUAAUUUAAGUUUGGAUAAAUAAGAUAGUGAUUUUAGUAUUUUACUUAGUUACGUUUUAUUUAUUUAUUUAUUUUUGGACUAGCUAUUUAACUAGUCUAUAUUUUUAUUACUCUAAAAGUGAUUAGUUAGCAUUUUUAUCUUUUAAAGAAAGUAUCCAAAAAAGGAAAGACAAAUGCUAACCUAAAUUAAAAAAAAAAAAAACCUAUCCAGCAACCUAAACAACAAUACCCACUUCCUCACGUCAUUAAACCCCAACCUUAAAUUACCCAAAGCAAACCUAAAUCCCCCAUGCACGUCCCAGCACUCCCACGUUUUACUUUUCUGUUUUACCCCAACCAAACUCAAUCCUAAUCCCUAUCCCUUAAACCCCUCAACUAUAAUUAUCCCUUAAACCCCUCAACCAUAAUUUUUUCCCGUCUCCCACUCCAACUCAAACUCUUCCACACACACACAUUACCCUAUAUAAACACCCUACGUACACAAUGCAAACACAACAGAGAGUAGAGAAAAAACACAUCAAAAGCAGUAGAAAAAAAAACACGGUAAGCAAAGAGAGAAAAAUACACAGUAAAAAAUACAUUGAGAGCAAAGAGAGAGAAAAAAUACCAAUUUCGAAAAGGUUUGGUUUGAAUGCUAAGUUGGAGUUCGAGGUUUCUUCUCACGGUUUUGCGUUUGUGGACCAGAAAGUUAGCACUGUUAACUUUGAAAAUCGUUAGAGUAUAGUCGUUUUCUUGUUGCGAAUUAAUCUACGCAAAGGUAACAAUCCAUCUUCCUUGUAUGAUUAAAUAUCAUGAUUAUAUGAGACCUUAUUUCAAUAUUAUGAGGUUUGCAAAUUUCAUAUGUGUCUAACUGUUCUUCUUUGAUGUAAAAUGUGAAGUAUAUUCAGAUUUUUGUAUUGUUAAAUAUGGUACAAAAUCGGUAUAGCAUAUGUGACUAUUUCUUGCGUGUUAAAUGGUUGGUUGAAAUCCAUGCUUAGUUAAAAUAGAGAGGAAUAAGUUUAUAAUGAAACUAACAUCGAUUCAACUAAGUUAGACCUAGUAUAUAGUAUUUUGACUCACUGUUGGUUAAUGUGUUCGGGUUUAUAGGUCUUUUUUAUUGAAAUAUCUUUUCAUGUGUUAGCAUAAUAUAAUUUUAUUGGUUUAAUAUAUUUUCUUAAUUUAUAGUUGUUUAAGGAAACAGUUACUUAGAUUAAAUAGUUAGUCUUUUAUUAAGCAAAUAGAAUUAUACUAUCAUGAUAUGGCAAGACCCAAAAAUAUAUAAAAACGUGUUGUGGGGUUGGAUUUGAAAAGAAAGGAACAAUAGAUAGUAUCAUGAAUAUAGCUUAGAUUAAUUUUUCUUUUAGAAUGUGGACUGAUCUUUCUUAGAUAUCUAGGACGUGCAUGACUACUGUUUGAAUGGAUAUUUACUUCAUGUGUGUAGGAGGAAUAGAUUUGCAAGCUUAAUUUCUUGGUAUUUAAUAUUAGAGAGUGGAAGCUUUGUAGCGUUUUUCCAAUACCAAGUUUGAGAUAUUUAAAUUUGGGGCGGGAAGAGGACAAAGGAGACAUUAUAAGAAAUAUAUCCAUCAUAUAUACUUGAUUUUAUUUUAAAGAAGAAAUGGACAAAGAGUUUACUGAUGCCCCAAGACAAAGCUAUUUUAUAAAUAAUAAAUUAAAGAUGCUCAUGUCGGCUGCACUUUAGCACUAGAUGGUUUUACAAGUUGAAUCAAUUAAUCACAAUAUUUCAACUAUUUAAUGGAUUUUAUUUUACUUAAUUAGUGGAGAAAUACUUUUAGCUACAAAUUUUCUGUGUAUCGAGAUUGAGGUAGCAACUACGCGUCUUAGUCAAGACUAGUAACAGGUAAACAAUAUUAAGCAAAUCAUAGGCAUAGCUAAUAAAUACAUUUUAUCCAAGAAUUGAUUUUAGCCAGAUAUAAGUCGAUAAAGUGACCGUGCUAGAACCACGGGACUUGGGGAAUGCCUAAUACCUUCUCCCUGGUCAACAGAAUUCCUUACUCGAUCUUUUGUUUUCGCAGAUAAAAAAUAAAGAGUCGUUUCCUUUUGAUUAGGGAUUCAAUAAGGUGACUUGGAACACCAAAAUUCAAUUCCAAGUGGCGACUCUGUAACAAAUAAAAAUAAUCCCUUUUCAAAACGUCACUUUAAGUGGAAAAAUCCUUUUAAAUCUAAACAUAUUUAUUUAUGAAAAAAAAGGGGUGUGACAAUAUAAACUUCUUUCUCUUUCUUCACAUAAGAUAAUUGUUUCUAGGGAUGUUAUAUUUCAUGAGUCCAUAUUUCCUUAUGCUUCUUGUCCUUCUGUCCCUCUGUUCCCUUCUCCUCCUCUUCCACCAGAUCUUGAUGUCUUAGUCUCUCCUACUGUACCUCCUCAUCCCCCUGUUCCUAGAAGAUCAUCUAGGUCUGUUAAUACUCCUAGUUAUUUACAAGACUACAUUUGCUCCUCUGUUUUUAAUCCUGAGGGUUGUCCUUUCUCUGCUGAGAUUGCCAUGCUUGAACCCCAAUAUUAUCAUUAGGCUGCCUCUCAUCCUGCAUGGCAAGAUGCUAUGUUAAAAGAAUUUCAAGCCUUAGAGGCUAAUCAAACCUGGGAUAUUGUUCCUCUGCCCCCUGGUAAGACGGCCAUACCUUCCAAGUGGGUUUAUAAAAUCAAACAGAGGUCAGAUGGCUCGAUAGAAAGGUAUAAGUCCAGGUUGAUCAUUAGAGGGGAUAGUCAACAAGAGGGGGUCAAUUAUAAUGAAACAUUUUCCCCGGUUGUUAAAAUGACCACUAUCAAGUGUCUUCUUGUUGUUGCUGUUAAGAAACACUGAAAAGCUUUUCAUCUUGAUGUUAAUAGUGCCUUCCUCCAUGGGGAUCUCUUGGAGGAAGUGUAUAUGAAAAUUCCCCAAGGCUUAGAAGUUCCUCCUUCAAAUUCUGGUACUGUUCCUCUGGUUUGCAAGCUGAGAAAAUCUCUAUAUGGGUUAAAACAGGCUUCUAGACAAUGGUAUGCUAAGUUGUCUGAAGCUCUUCAGUCCAAAGGUUUUCUUCCAAGCAUGAAUGAUUACUCCUUAUUUACCAAGGUUUUCGGUAUUUCUAUCACUAUUGUGGCUGUGUAUGUGGAUGAUAUACUGCUUGUUGGUGAUGAUUGUGCUGAAAUUAGCUCUCUCAAGUAGUUUCUUGAUGACAAUUUCAAAAUUAAAGACUUGGGGGAAGCCCACUACUUCCUUGGUUUAGAAAUUGUAAAGCAGCCCACUGGUAUACUUGUCUCUCAACAUAAGUUUACUUCAGAUCUUCUAGCUGAAUUCCACUACUUUACAGUGACUUUAGUGGUCAGUCCUUUAGAACUAUAUGGGAAGUUGUCUGCUGAAUCUGGUGACCCUUGUCCUGAUCCUAGUUUGUAUAGGAAAUUAGUGGGGAAACUCAACUUUCUCCAACACACCAGACCUGACAUCUUUUUUGCUGUUCAACACCUCAGUCAAUUCCUUCAUUACCCUCGUUUGCCACAUUUGGAAGUUGGUCUCCAUGUGCUUUGAUACUUAGCUGGUUCUCCUUGUUUGGGUAUCCUGCUGAAUGACAGUCUUGAUUUCUCUUUAAGUGGAUAUUGUGAUUCUGAUUGGGCUGGGUGUGUUCAAACUCGCAGAUCUAUUACUGGAUUUUAUAUACUUUUGGGGGGAUCUCCUGUAUCAUGGAAGGCUAAGAAAUAGCCUACAAUUGCGCUCUCUUCAGCCGAAGUUGAAUACAGGGCACUGCGCAAAAUUGGCGCUGAAAUAUCUUGGCUGGUUCGAUUAUUUGAUGAUUUUGGUGUUUCUGGCUUGUCUCCUGUCCAGGUGUUUUGCGACAACCAAGCAGCCUUGCACAUUGCUCGGAAUCCUGUGUUCCACGAGUGUACGAAGCAUAUUGAAAUUGAUUGUUACUUUGUCCGCAAAAAAUUAAAUGACGGAUUGAUAUCUCUACAGUAUGUUCGUUCCUACAUCUCUACAACUGGCUGAUGUUCUCACAAAGUCACUGACAGGCACACAACACAGAAAUUUGAUGUCCAAGCUGGGAUUGGCAUCCAGCUUGAAGGGGGCUGUUAGAAAUGGGCCUGAACGGAUACAACUUAAACCACCUUGAGCCUGUUAUACUUCAUUAAGGCCCAUUGCAUAUACCCGGGCCCAACUUAAUUAUUUGAUGUAUAUAAUGACUAGUAGGUUGUACAUUGAACAUUUUUGCCAUUUUUCAUUCUGAUAUGAAUAAGAAAGACUACAUUUUAUUU